AUGCCUCCACCAUUUGAACAACCACCAAUACCACCAUCUGAACAACCAGCACCACCACCAUCUGAACAACCACCAACACCACCACAUGAACAACCACCAACACCACCACCCGAACAACCAACAACAUCACCAUCUGAAAUUCCCAUUAUAACACCCUCCAAAAACAUCAUUAUCCCUACCUCUGAACCUCCCGCUGAUCUUACCCACACACCAUCAGCAUCUCCAUCCCCCACUCCUGAACCAGAAACUACCUUCCCCACCCUAGAAGAAGCAAUCUCUUUAUUUGCUGAGUCUUCAGUGGCGAAGAUCAGAUCUCUAUCUGAGAACUCUGGUAUCAGUGACGAUCCCUCUCCACUGAGGAUUCACUGGAACAUAAGAAGCUGGAGAAAGGCUGCAGACACAUCUGGUGAGAGAGGCAGAAGAGAAGCAGAAGAGAUGACUCGUCUGGAAGAAGAGAAAAGGAUCAAAGAAGCUGCAGAGAAGGUUGCUGCUGAAGCUGAAGCAAAAGCAAAAGUUGAUGCUGAAGAGGCAGCACACAUAGCUGCAGAAGAAGCUGCAAAGGAAAGAAAUGAUACUCUGACUCAGGGGGAGUCAUCUCACUCUGACUUUGCUCCUCUUGUCCUGAAGACUAUGGAAGAGCUGUAG